AUGACUAAUGAGCAUGAAGGCGAUAUUUGUCCAAUUUGUUGUGAUUCUAUUACCGCAGUAGGUCGAAAAGAAAUGUCAUGUUGUAAAACUAAGUUAUGUUCAAUGUGUCUACUAACACACAUAUCAACGGUGGUUGAACAAGGAAAAGCAAAAAUAGAAUGUCCAUCGUGUACUCAGGAGAUGAAUAGUAAUGAAAUAUUGUAUUAUGAUGAAUUACCAGGUCAAGUUCGAGAGCGUUAUCAACAACACUUGGCUCAAGCAUUAUCAGAACAAAAUCCGAAUAUGUACAAGUUAUGUCCAAAUUGCAAUUGGAUAACAAUUAUUGAUGGUAAAGUACACUUCAAAAAUACAGCAAACGUAUUUUCAUUACGAAAAAAUCAUCGGCCAAAAAUAGUUGAAUGUGAACAAUGCAAACAACGAUGGUGUUGGAGAUGCUAUGCACCUAUGCACGAUGGACAAUCGUGUAAAGAAUUUAAAAAAGAUCGUACACGUGUUGACACAUGGGCGAAAGGAAAACGUUUAACGGAUAAUCAACGUAAUGCACAAAAAUGUCCAAAAUGUGCAAUUUAUAUUGAAAAAGUUGAUGGUUGUAAUCAUAUGCAGUGUGGAAAAUGUAAUGCAAAAUUUUGCUAUGAAUGUGGGAAACGAAUGAGAUUACCAACUUAUAUUGGUCAUGACGCUAAAUACUCAUUAUUUGGUUGCAAGUAUAAACUCUUUCCACGUAAUCGUUUUUUACGUUAUUUUAUACGCGGCUCAAUAUUUUCAGGGAUUGUGUUAGCCACACCAAUUGCUUUAGGUGCUGUUAUUGUUUUAGUUGGUAUUAGUAUACCGAUUAUUUUAAUUGUGGGCUGUUUAGGAGUCCCCGUGUUUAUGUGUAUUGAAUGUAAAAGAUCUUGA